AAUCUGGGGGCCAGCGUGAGCACCCUGCAGCGCCUGGUGGAGCAGCUCAAGCUGGAGGCCGGCGUGGAGAGGAUCAAGGUCUCUCAGGCGGCUGCAGAGCUUCAACAGUACUGCAUGCAGAAUGGCUGCAACGAAGCCCUGCUGGUAGGUGUUCCAGCCAGAAGCAACCUCUUUCGGGAGCCCAGAUCCUGUGCUUUACUCUGAAGACUGUAGGGAAGAAGUCCACUGAGGAAUGCUUUCAAGCACCAAGUGAUGAAUGACUGCCUCCAAAUCUCAUGAACACACUUCUCCAGCCAAAUGACUUUUAGAUAUUUCACAGGACCUUUCCUGUGGCCUGGUCCUUUAGCCAAAAUUCUACAGAAAUUUAUGAGUUUCUACUCAAGGAAACUGAGUGAAGGAGUAGAUUUUAAAUAAUAAUGGCCUGGUUCUUUGCUGAAGUGCUUUAUAUUUAAACAAAAACCUUACCACCAAAUAUACCAAAAUACACCUCUUUCAUUAAGUGUUUCUAUACUUGGAAUGUUACAUAUGUUUUAUUUACUAGAUGUUUACAUUUUGGGAAGGAAAACAGUAUUGUUUGUCAAAAACAAUUAAAUAUUUGUAAUUUGUUGUUCCCGACUAAGAUUUUUA